GAUCAAUGUCCCGUCCGUAUCUCGGAACGAGGCUUGGAGCGCACCGCGGGAUAUUCCGGAAGUGGCUCCCGGUUAGCGGACAAUAGGGAGGAGCCGCAGGGCAACUCCUGCAAUACAAGGCGCCGACCCAGUGAUGGGGAACCAGAAUCCAGAUCUGCUGCAUCAGAGAAUCCUGAGUCUCACACUGGAGAUUAUCUACCUGCUGACUGGGGAGGGCUACACUGUUACAAAGAAGUCAGGUGAUGGCGCCCCCCCACAGACCUGCACUGACUGUAUGUUGGGAGGAGCCUGCAGGCACCAUGUGACCCCAACUGUGGGGGCCCUGCAUGCCCCUGGCUCCGCCCUACAGAAGGAAAAUGCCAAGAGGAUCCUGGAACUCAUCUCCAACAUCAUCCAGCUGCUGACUGGAGAGGUUGCCAUAACGUAUGAGGAUGUGUCCAUCUGUUUUCCCAUGGAGCAGUGGGAGAUACUACAAGGCAUAAGGAGCAGGGGGGUGAGGAAGGAGAGUAACGGGGGCUGUGCCCAUGGAGAUGGCAGUGCCAGUAAACCUGCUGUGGGGGCAGAUCUGUGCAAUGCAAAGGAACCAGACAAGACUGGGGCAGAGGGAGACCCCCCAAACACUGACACUGCCCCAACUGAUCCCCAAACACCGACCAACUGCAUCUCUCAUGGGAUUAAGGAGGAGCCAACUUUAUGGGAAGAGCGUUCUGAUUGGAAGAUUGAUGCCCCUGUAGAACAGAUCCUGGGAGCAGAACCACCUACUGAUACCGGGGGAUCAGCACAUGAAAUACCCAAUUGUAUUAAAGCGGAAGGAGAAUGGAAAGCUGAGCCCCUUACAUGCCAGACCCAGGGUACUGACCCACCUGCUGGUACCAAGGGAUCCAUCCAGGGGCGGGACUAUGGGAAUGAUGCCAGUGUGCCCGCCCCUUGCGAUGGCUCCCAGGUGAUGUUCUACUGCAACGAGUGCCACGUGUGUUUCAUAUGUAACAAGGACCUGGAGAUUCACCAGCGAAACCACAGAGCAGAGAAACCCUUCAGCUGUUCCGAAUGCGGCAAGUGUUUCGCCAACCGCUCCACCCUCGGCGCCCACCAGCGAAUCCACACCGGAGAGAAACCGUACGUCUGCCCCGAGUGCGCCAAGUGCUUCCGCUCUCGCUCGCACCUCUUCUCCCAUAGGAACAGCCACAAGAGCGAGAAGCCGUUCUCGUGUUCCGAGUGCGGGAAGCGUUUCGGCAGCCGCUCGCACCUCGUAUCGCACCAGAUCAGCCACACGGAGGAGAAACCGUUUUCUUGUCCCGUCUGCGAGAAAUGUUUCAAGAGCAAGCCGCAGCUCACCGAGCAUUACCGCAUCCACACCGGUGAGAAGCCGUUCUCUUGCUCCACCUGCGGCAAGAGUUUCACUCAGCGCUCUCACCUGAUUGGCCACGUCCGGCUCCACACAGGAGAGAGACCCUUCUCCUGUUCAGAGUGCGGCAAAUCCUUUGGGCUUCAGCGAGACCUGAACAAACACAUGAAGUUCCACUCGGGGGAGAAACCAUUCACCUGCAAUGAAUGCGGGAAGUCCUUUCUGCUCCAGGGACAUCUCAAGAGACAUUUCCUCAUCCACACGGGGGAGAAGCCUUUCUCUUGCUCCAUUUGUGAGAAGCGCUUCGGCCUUCAGAGCAACCUCAACCGCCAUUUCCGCAUUCACCUACAGUAGGGCUCUGGGGUCCAGCUCUGAAAGGGGAGACGACCCGCUGUCCUGUCCGAACCUCUGGAGUCUGUAGGACAUGUAGCAGGGCUCAGUGUCCCAACCCAGUUAAACUGGGGGGCAUGGGGUGAAUCCUAGCCCCACCCCCUUUCCAAACAGGUUGUGCCUGUUCCGCCCACAGACACACCCCAAUCCUGUUCAGACCACACCCCCACCCCCAUUUAGGGUGAAAAUUCUGAAAGAGGGUGACUGAAUGUGGGUGAAUGAGAGGAAGAGAGAGGCAGAGAGAGGCAACAUUCCCUGUGUAUUUAUGUCUUAGAACAGACGAGUGAGCACAGAGGCUUGGCAAGACCUGACUGGGCCCCACCUCAAACAAAAUUAUUGGGGGCGCAGUGCACUGCUUCACCCCCCUUUCCCGCCUUUAGCGAAUUUGCUGUGCGCCCAUUCAUUUGCAGCGAGAGGUGGAGUCAAGCCACAGAGUGAUGAUUGGUUUGGCCCCCCCCAUGGGGUAUACCGUAUCCUAGCUACGCACUGAUGAAAGCAGGGGGUAAUUUGUGCCCAGGCCCGGACCGGCAAUAUGUGGGUUCCGGCAAAUGCCAGAGGGGCUGCUGUAAGGUGCCAUAGACGGUCACUAUUCAUAUUUAAAGUAUGAAAAACCCAUUUGGGCUCAUUUCAGCACGCCGCCUGGUCCGAACCCCGGGAAUCCUCCCUUUGGAUCAUUGCUGCUAUUCGGAGUUGGGAAUCAUGUGACUUACUGUAUUGACUUGUAAAUAAAUGUUUGUCAUAAAUA